UCUUACUCAUCACCCUUCUUUUCCACUUUCUUUUUCUCUAUUUUCUCUAUCUCCAUGUGAAUACAAAAAUAAAAAUUUAUAAAUAAAUAAAUAAAUAAAUUGGAGUGAACCAAUUUCUUUAUUAACAUGGAAAGAGAUCAUACCAAAAACAAUAAUAAUUUCUUAAAUUAUGAUCUUCAUAUGUCUUUAAUUCAUACAAAUAAUCAUCAUCAAGAAACUUCUAGUAAUAAUAUCAAUUUACAAGGGUUUCAUACCUUGGAACUACCAAAUCAUCAUCAUCCAAGUAAUAACAAUCUCAUGCUUACCACCUUCUUACAACCACCACCACCGCAACCGCAACCGCCACCGUCGGCUUAUCAUCAGAUCACCCGUCAUCGGACACUAACGGAUGCAUCCAACACCGCCACCACAACCACCACCACCAAGGGGGUUGUUGGUAAUUUUGACAACUAUGUUGCCAGCACUAGACAAUCAUGGAAUACAAAUACUACUCACCAUCAGCAGGCGGAAGGAUCAUCAGAUCCUAAAGCUACUGUUAACGGAGAUCAUUCCAAUGGCAAUGGCCGCAAUGAUAAUGGAGCUGAUCAUUCUUGGUGGAAGAGCUCAAACUCAGAAAAGAACAAGAUGAAAAUAAGGAGGAAGUUAAGAGAGCCAAGGUUUUGUUUCCAAACAAGGAGUGACAUUGAUGUACUUGAUGAUGGUUAUAAGUGGCGCAAGUAUGGUCAAAAAGUUGUCAAGAAUAGUCUUCAUCCAAGGAGUUAUUACCGGUGCACACAUAACAAUUGCAGAGUGAAGAAAAGAGUAGAAAGGUUAUCUGAAGAUUGUAGAAUGGUAAUUACAACUUAUGAAGGAAGACAUAAUCACUCUCCUUGUGAUGAUUCCAACUCUUUAGACCAUGAUCAAUGUUUUUCCUCUUAUUAAUUAAUUUUUAAAAAUAAAUAAUGAAAUCUUAUUCAUAUAUAAGUGUAUUUCUUAUUAUAUAUAUCGUCUUGUGUAUAAUCAUAUUAGACUAUUUCUGUUUUUUUAAUAGCGCAUACUUUUCCUUUUUACAUAAGAGUUUAUUUGGGCAGGUAUAGAUAUAAAUAAAAUAGAAAAUAGUAUAGGAUUGUUGAUAAUAAGGUGCCCAAUCCUUUAUUGUGGUACCUUAUUUAGUACCUAAAUGUAAAGAAAAGAAAAGUAAGCUAGCUAUAUGCAUGGAGAAGUCUUUAGGUAUGUACUACAAUUUUGAUGAAUGGUAAUGUUGAGAUUUACAUAGUGAAUAAGAACGACGUUUUUGGUGUAU